UCCGCUGCCUCGCGAGCGCUCGGUAGAGUGUCAAACACGUUCACGCGCCACCGGAGUCGGCUUCCGUCUUCUGCGUGCGGAUAGAUCACAGGACUGGAUUAAUCGUCUGGCAUUAUUGUUCUGUAGUGUGGUCAUUAGACUGCAUUAACUUCAUUUCACGCGGACCUUCAGCAAGUUCCAGGAUACAAAAUGAUUCUUACUACUCUCUUCAAUAAACAGAAUGGAUGGAGCUGAGACUCCUGCUUAUGAUGAUUAAGCCAUCGGAAUAAGAAAACCGAGACUAUAUAAAGUGCGUCUGUUGAAGGAAUUAACAGCUACCGUGAUGCUUGGAGAGCAAAGAGAUGCAGCCUGUUGUGGAGAACAUGUUGCUAAGCCUAUCUGAAGUGAGACUAUAAAUCGUCAAGGUUGGACAGCAGCCAUGGGGAAAGAGCAGGACCUCCUGCUGGCUGUGAAGAACAAAGAUCUUCUCACUGCUCAAAAACUUCUUGCCAAGAUCAAGGCCAACCGAAAUAAGUUACUGAGCUCGACAAAGAAACUGAACAUCAACUACCAGGACACAGAUGGGUUUUCGGCUCUGCACCACGCGGCUCUCACAGGGACCACGGACCUGCUGUCUCUGCUCCUGGACGCUCAGGCUACAGUGGACAUCAAAGACCGCAAUGGAAUGCGUCCGCUCCACUACGCUGCCUGGCAGGGAAAAGCCGACUCGGUGCUGAUGCUACUGAGAGCCGGAGCUUCUGUUAACGGAGCGUCACAGGAUGGACAAAUCCCUCUUCACCUGGCCGCCCAGUACGGACACUACGACGUGUCUGAGAUGCUUCUCCAGCACCAGUCCAACGCCUGUACGGUCAACAAGGCCAAGAAGACCCCACUGGACCUGGCCUGUGAGUUUGGCAGGCUAAAGGUGGUGCAGCUCCUGUUGAGCAGUAACAUGGUGGUGGCUCUGCUGGAGGGCAACGGGAGAGACAACACCCCCCUGCACCUCGCCGCCCGCAACGGCCACAAAGACAUCAUCAGGCUGCUCCUGAAAGCCGGAAUCGAUAUCAACAGAACCACCAAGGCUGGAACGGCGCUUCACGAGGCAGCACUCUACGGCAAAACCGAUGCGGUCAAGCUGCUACUGGAUGCCGGGAUUGACGUGAACAUCAGGAACACGUAUAACCAAACGGCCCUCGACAUUGUGAACCAGUUCACCACUUCCCACGCCAGCAAAGACAUCAAACAACUGCUCCGAGAAGCCUCGGGAGCAAUGCAGGUGAGAGCACUAAAGGACUACUGGAACCUCCAUGACCCUACAGCUCUGAACAUACGGGCCGGAGACGUCAUCAUGGUUUUGGAGCAGCACGUAGACGGACGUUGGAAAGGACACAUCCAUGACAGUCAGAGAGGCAUGGACCGGGUGGGAUACUUCCCUCCGUCCAUCGUGGAGGUCAUAACCCGGAGAUCAGGGGGCUUCCUCUCUCGCCAGGCCUCACUGCCCACCCAAAGACAUCACACCCUAACCAGAGCUCCGGCCCAGUGCGGCCCUCUCUCCGCCCCCCACACCGACGAUUCAUACACCCUGUAUUCACCCACUCAUCCCAACUCACCACGCCAAAACGGCCUGAACCAGCACCCAGGUUCUCCUCCCUCCAGUCCCAGUGCCUUGUGUAUUCCAGCUAGUACCAAAGAGCCAGAGGAUAUUUGGGUCCUCAGGAGCUCUUUCAUUGGAGACAGGAGCAGUGUUGGGAGCGCAGGCAGUGUCGGAAGCAGUCGUAGCGCGGGCAGCGGACAGAGCACUGAGGGCAAUUUUACCCACAAUGCACAGUAUCACCCCAUCACCAAUGCACAGGACGUCAACAAGGUCUCGCCCUCUGGUGGUGAAGUGGUAGAACAGCCUGGCCUGGCCUCUGACGUCAUUAACCCAGAGCCUGCAGGUCGCAGGCCAGAUCAAAACAGCUCCAGACCUGGUGAACAAGCUGGCAGGCCACAUGUUAUCCAUCCAGAGCAGCUACUGGAGGGCAGGGAUGCUGAGGCCAUCUUCCAGUGGCUGCAUGAAUUUCAUCUGGAGCAGUACACUACAAACUUCCUCACAGCUGGUUAUGAUGUGCCUACCAUUAGCAGAAUGACUCCUGAGGAUCUCACAGCUAUUGGUGUGACUAAGCCAGGUCAUCGCAAGAAGAUCUCCACUGAGAUCAGCAAACUGAACAUCCCAGAGUGGCUACCAGACUACAUUCCAGCUGACAUUGGUGAAUGGCUUAGUACCAUUGGACUGUCUCAGUACCAGAAAAGGCUAGCAGAGAAUGGCUACGACUCUGUUAACAUUGUACGAGACAUUACAUGGGAGGAUCUGCAGGAAAUUGGCAUCAAUAAGCUGGGCCACCAGAAAAAGAUGAUGCUUGCAGUAAAGAAGCUUUGUGAUGUGCAGAAGGCUUUGAGAAACCAAGCAGAGGGCAAUGGGACCCUGCAGAGAAGGAGACACCCUCCCACCCUGGAGCUGCUGGCUAUAGAGUCAGCUGACAAUGCCGAUGACCCUUCCUCACCACUUACUCCCAAGAUGCUAACCUUUCAGGAUAGUGAGCUAAGCACUGAGCUGCAGAAUGCUAUGAUUCAGAGUGGCUAUGGUGGCUGCCAGGAAGGGUUUGGUGCCAUGCUAAGUGGAACAACAUCCGUGUCUCUGAGUCAAGAGAGUAUUAGUAUGCGUUCACGGGGCACCGGGCACUCACAGGAAUGGCCUUUGACUGUAACUCCCCACAGCCACUCAAAUGAGAGUUUGGGCAGCUCAGACUGUAGUGCCAUCAAGGAAUGCCCAGUUCUGCCUGCCAAGAUUGCACCACCAUUACCUCUAAAGAAGCAGCAGUCCACGCGUGGCAGCCCACCGAUAACACCAAGCAAGACGGCUCGCUUAGCCUACCCUGCUGCCCAGUCAAGCCCUGGUAUCUCUUCAAAACCGGAUGGUUCCCCCAUCCAGAGAGGAUUUAGCUACCUCCAAAAAAAUUCAGAUCAGUUUUGUACGGCUCAAUCCAGACCCAGUGGUGAGAACUGUCAACCAAAGAAGCGCACACAAAGCCUGUCACGAUAUGCCCUCUCUGAUGGGGAAGGAGAAGAGAAUGACACUCCAGUAUUACCACCAAACCUGGUCUCGUAUGCUACACUCACACGCAAACCUGGCCGUGGUCAAACAAAUGCUUCUGAUAGACAGGUGGGUCGGGCUCAAUCCUUUGUGAUACGUGCCAAGAGAAAGGGGCCACCUCCUCCCCCUCCUAAGCGACUGAGCUCUGCCUCCAGUGGAGGAAAUAGUGGUGGGGUGGAAAUCGAGAGUGCUGGGAGUGUUCGAAUGAUUGCAGCCAGGCUGGAAAAGAGUGGAGACAGCCCCACUAAGACCCCAGGCAGUCCCCCAUUUAAAUCACCCUCACUGGCCACCCAAUCUAAAACUAUAAGCAUUCAAAAAGAGACAACCGGUGAGGUAUCUCUAUGUCAAACAGGUCAUGCAGAGCCCAGUAGAUUAAAGCCUGAGGAGCAAGACCUAAAACUUCAAUCAAGCCAAGAUCCUACACCUUCUGUGUCCCUUCAAGGAAAUUUGUGUGAAAGCAUUCCGUUUGCUCAAGAGGGCAAAGGGACCAUAAAGCAGCGGCCAAGAAUGGAAGUGACUAAAAUGGAUACUGAAGCCAGCUUCCAACCACCGAAACCCUCUCAGCUACCUAAACCAUCCUUAAAAUUACCAGAGUUCAAUCUAAAAGAGUCAGACACUGUCAAGAGAAGGCAUAAACCCAGAGAAAAGGAACUGCAGACCACCAGUGAGGACACAAUCCCGGGAAGGGAGAGUUCCCCAGAGGGUGAGAAGAUCUCAUUCUGCAUGCCAAAUGGUGGACUAAUAGGGAAUCUCACUCCACAGAAACCUCUAACACCCUGUAAACCAACACGGCAAUGUGUUGCACCACCGUUGGCAGUAGGUGGACCUCCUCAAGUUGUACCAGCCAGGAUAGGGCAGGACAUUGCCUUCGGUGGCUCUCCAAUAAGAAGAGAGUUUCCAAGUAUCAGUGGACCCCAGGACCAAAAACAAGAUGAGUUUGUUCACAAACGAAUAGAGCAGACCAGCACUUCCCUGGAGGCAGCCCUUGAAGUGGUGGAGAGAAAUUUAUCACAGAAGGAUCAGAUUGACAGUGGCGUUUACACUGUGAGAUCAGCAGGUAACAUUCUGGAUGACAUCGGGAACAUGUUCGACGAUCUCGCUGACCAACUGGAUGCCAUGUUGGAUUGACCCAAUUUUUUAUAUUGUACUGUUUGUAUACCAUCUUCGAGGGAACGAAGAGCGUUUUUGGCACACUAGAAGAGACGUUGCCAGAUUUUGAUAAAAAAUCUUCAGGUCCUGUCAGUUACUGCUUCUGAGAGGUGCUUUCCUUCGGGAUGGUCAGUACGUCACUGGAUUGAAGACGGCAUGCAGCCAUAGUCUGUGGGCUCGCAGAAAUAUCGGAGGAGUAAGAAUGGGACGAGAAGCGAGCUUAUUUGCUCGGGUGCCACCCUCAGACAAGGUGUGGUGGUUUUGCUCCUGCCAGGACUUGAUAGCACUUACUGUUUACUGUGUCCCAGAUUUGUGAGGAGAAAGAUUUUCAUUUCCUGUUGCACACAGGGGAAAAAGCUAGAGUCUCAUUUCUGCUUGAUUCAGCCCCUAAAGUGCACAUUGCAUCAUAUACUGUAUAAACAGCAUGAUACUUUUAUAUCUAUUCAAAGUUUGCCAGAAUCUUCUUUGAUGAAAGUUUCCAGAUCCCUUCAGAAUACUACCAUCGCUACUAACAAAUUCAUGACAUAUUCCAGUGUUUCAUGCAAAAAAAAAAACCUUACUCUCAUUUUCUAAGCAGCUUUUUGUUUAUCUCAACUGCUAUGAUAAUACUCUCUGACACUGCUAUAUGAUUUUCAGUGUUAUGUUGGUGGUACACUAACGCAGUGCAACUCAUCACCAUAGCAACACUAACAAAUGGCUAAACUCUAAUAACUGCCUAGAAAUAUGCUAUAAUGUAAAGACACCAUAAACCACCAUCAUUUCUAGAGUAGCAUGUCUACCAUAAAAGCACUAAAAAAUGACCGUAACUUCCCAGAGAAAUAGCAAAAUGUCCAUAAUUUAAAAUCAAAUAAAACUCCUGCCUUAAAAAUGUGUCAAUUGCAAUGAUGCAAAAAUGAUAAUAUUAGUUCACUGUACCUGCUUGAGGCAAAUAACUAUAUUUUUUAAAAGAUAUCAAGUACCAAAGCUGAGGAUCUGCUAACAUGUGAGUAACGUGAUCUGUAUCUGUAAGUGCUGAGAUUUUUAAAAGCACACAAACUCUAUGGACCAAAUUUGUCAGACACUGACUGCAGAAUUAGGACCAAUGCUUUAUUUGCACAAUUAUUGGUACCCCUUAAUAUGAAACCUGCAUUCCGAUGCAUUCAUAACACAUCAUAUAGCAUGCAUGAUACCUUAUAAUGCCAACAAUUAUUCAUUAAUGAAAGCAUAACACGCAUUUAUACACCUUUAUAUCGGGCAUUAUAACGUAUUAUGGAUGCUGUCUAACAUAUGGCAUUUAAUAAAUGUGUUUAUAAUGCAAAAUGAAUACAUGAUUCAUCAUAAGUGUUACCCAACUAUCUAUAUAAAAAAUUAUUGUAAAUACAAUCACAAUAUAAUAAAGAAACAGCACAUUCAUAUGACCCUCCGAUUCCCAGUAUGAGUUGUUGAUAGUGUUAAUAAUGAAUAGUCCUAGUUUUGUACAGCAAGAGAAAGUAUCACAGCGUUGAAUGCAUGUAUAGUGUUUCUGUUUGAAACUUGGUGCCGAUAAAAAGCGGAAUUUUAAUUGUAAAAUCUUUAAAUCUUAAUUUCAUUCAGGGCCAUAUUCAGAGCUGAGUGGAUUUAAUAUUUAAUUGUUUCCAACAUGUGCUGGAUCAAGUGCUAUUUUAAUACAAGCUGCUGAAUAAUGAGGGUGAAAGUUGGACUAAACCCAAUUUAUGGUAAAAGUGUUAAUUACACCAGGACUAGGACUACUCAUGCAGCGACAUAUUAAUAAAAUACUAGACAUUC